AUGCCGCAGGAGAUCUGGGACGACAUGGUCAAGAACGAGCGCAAGAUCUUCUACAUGUUCAUGUUCCUGAACGGCUCCGUGCUGUGGGCCUACUACUCGUGUCUGAGCGCCCAAGACUUCUACGCGGUGCAAUUCGCCGACUCCGGACUCGACUUCUCGUUCCUCACGACGCUGGUCACGUCGUGGCCCAUGCAUCUUCAUCUUGAUGGCGAUCUGAUCAUGGUCUUCAGCGCCAUUAACUUCUCCAACCAGAAGACAGGAGCUGUCCUGGUGCUGGUGUGCUUCGCCUGCAUUGGAUUCAGUAACUCGCUCUCGGAGGCCACGUACUACACGUUCGCUGCGCUCUUCCCGAUCCCCAAGUUCUCGCAGGCCGUGCAGAUCGGCAAUGGUACCGCUGGUAUCUUCAACAUCACGUUGGCCACAAUUCUGCGGCUGGCUGUGGGCGGUGUCCACCAGACGAGUGACUCGACCAAGCUGUCGUUCUACCUCUUUUUCGGCAUCCUGAUCAUCGUGCUGAUUGCGGCACUCUUCUUCUUGCUGGAGCACAAUGCGGAGUCCUUUAAGGCCGAGAGCUUGACCACGCUUCCGAUUAGCAAGACGUGCGGUAACCUGUGGCGCAUCUUCUGCAUCAUUUGGGUCCCCGCGUUGGUGCAGUUCCUCGUCUUCUUCGUGUCAUUGGCCGUGUACCCUGGAUUCGGCUGUGCCGCAAACCGCAACUUGGAGCCCCCGUACGCGGCCGUGGUGUUGCAGUUUUAG